AUUAUUUUACUUAUUAUAUACCUUGUUAAGAUUGACAAUUUUUGAGUUAUGAAUAAAAAAUUACAUUUUUUCAUAUUUUAGUAUAGUGUUAUUCGGAAGUUUAUUUGAAAAUUAACUACCUAAAGAUGGAUACUAAUCGCAAUACAGUUGCAGCCAUAUUAGAAGAAGUUAGAGAUGAUGUGCAUAGUUCAACAAGUCCUUUAUCACAUCAACCACGUCCUACUAGCACUAAUGAUGCUAAUAAAAUUGUUAUUUAUGUUCAAGACAAAAAUCGUUUUGUGAAAACUGAACAAAAUGACUUUUUUAAUCAUCAUAUAAAUAAUCAUCCACCUUCAGAGAACUACAAUAAUUUACGUCCAAUUGCUGCAAGAGUUCAAAGGGUAUUUGCAUCUUUGGGCACUGUUAGUCAAGGUCUACUUGCGGGAGUAGCAUUAGCACAAUUAUUUUUAGGUGAAGCAUCGCAUCGAUCACCAUUAAUAUUGAUGUCAUUUUUCUUUUUGUCAACUAUAUGUAUGUGCACAGUUUUGGAUGUUUUUGACUUGUAUAGAUGUGAAAGCUUCAAACCAAAAUAUAUUUUAGUAUUAUUCUUAAGUGUAUUAACAGCUUUAGCUGCAUUUGCAUGUGCUACAUAUGAUACAGCUAUUAUGUCUGGUAAAGUUGAAGCCAAAGUUUCUGAAACAUGGCGAGCAUUAAACUGCUGUCGAUGUUAUGGAGCAGUACUUGGAUGGAUUAUUAUUAUCAUAAUGAAACCUAAAGAUCAAUUAGCAGAGUUUUUGAAUACUGAAUAGUUGUUGAAUAAAAAAAAAAAAAAAAACAAAUAUUUGUAUAAAAUUUCACUAUUUAAAUUUAAG